AUGAAUGCAUCUGAUCUGACCGAACUAUGUGUCGCCUUGCAACUGGAUGAUAUCAAUAGCCCGGUAGUGAGUAUGGGGCGCGCGAUAGCGUGGAAAAGGGUUGAACUAUACUUGAUUCGUGUCUGCUCGGGAAUGUCUUGGACAUCGUUUACGAUUUGUGUGUAUCCCCUCCUUCCCUUUCUUCUUCAUAGAAAACACAACUCUCUCUCCCUCUCUCGUUUCCACUUGCUAAAUAGCUACAGAAGAUACGUCCGCAGAGGACUGGUUAAUUGGAUGGAAAAUCUUUUGGGACUUCUUAGAAUUCUGGUCAAGAGAGGUGUAAAUCUUGCUGUUCGUGAUGUACGAAGUAGCGAUCCUUACGUUAUUGUCAAAAUGGGUAAACAGAAAUUGAAGACUCGUGUUAUUAAAAAGGAUGUUAAUCCUGAAUGGAAUGAGGAUUUGACGCUUUCCGUUGCAGAUCCUAAUCUUCCAAUCAAGCUGACUGUCUACGACCACGACACUUUCAGCAUGGAUGACAAAAUGGGAGACGCAGAAAUCGACAUUAAACCAUUUGUAGAAGUCUUGAGAAUGAAAUUAGACAACCUUCCGAGUGGUACUAUACUUACAAGAAUACAACCCUGCAGGUCGAAUUGCCUCGCUGAAGAGAGUUGCGUCGUCUGGAAUGACGGCAAGGUGAUGCAAGAUAUGUGCCUGAGAUUGAGAAAUGUGGAGUGUGGUGAAGUGGAAAUUCAGCUUGGAUGGAUUGAACUCCCUGGCUCCAGAGAAGAGCUGUGUUGCGAAGUCCAAUCGAACCAGAAUUCAGAAAGGUUUGGACAUUUGAUAAGGGACAAAAAGAUGAUUUCAUGCUUGCCCUUCUUACUCCUUGAAAACCCAACUUUUGCAAUACCAAAUCUACAUCAAUUUGUGCAUUUCAAACAGUAUGUUUGA